AUUGCAUCUGGCAACUCUGUUACAAAAUGUCCGACAGUAAUAUCCAAAAGUCAGAUUCGGAACCUAGCAGCAAAAAAAUUAAAAUUGAUCAUGAAAAUGAUAAUGGUGUGAACGAAAAUAAGUUAGAACUGAAAGACUUUGAAACAGAGAAGAUAUUAAACAACAACACGUUUAGGAAAACCGUCUGUGUGCAAGGAAAAUUCAAAGACAAAAGUGGCGUGGCUUUGCUUGUUUUAGAGAAAAAUGCUUUCAAGGAAGAAGAUUUGAAUAAUGAUGGUUACUUUUCCGUAGACACGGAACUGAAAACUUUCUUCCAGAACGACAUUUACGGAAAUUACGAGUGGUUCCCGCGCUCGUCAUUAAAUGGUAUAAAGACGUCAAUAAUCUACCCGGCUACAGAGAAGCAUAUAGCCAAAUUUAGCCAGCAAGAGACGCACAUUGUGUUGGAGACGCCUGAGCUUUAUAACAAGCUAACACUACCUCAUAUUGAGAAGGAACAGUUUAAUUUGCAGUGGGUAUACAACAUCUUAGAAGGCAAAAGCGAGCAAGACCGAAUUGUAUACAACAAUCCCUGCGAGAAGGACGGCUUUGUGCUACUUCCUGAUCUCAAAUGGGACGGGGUCACUAAGGAGACUCUUUACUUACUUGCUAUAGUCAGACGGAGAGGGAUCAAGUCUCUGAGGGACUUGGAUGAGACUCAUCUGCCGCUGUUGAAAAGGAUUCGGGACGAGGGAAAGAAAAAGAUAUUAGAAAAGUACAACGUGCCGUCAUCACAGCUGCGCAUCUACUUUCACUACCAACCUUCAUUCUACCACCUCCACGUUCACUUCACGUACCUGCGUCACGAGGCACCAGGCAUCUAUGCAGAGAAGGCACAUCUACUCGAUACCGUUAUCGAUAACAUCGAAAUGAUCGGUAACUACUACCAGAGAGCAACACUACCCUUCACCAUUCGCGAAAUGGACAACAUUUUCAACAUCUACGAAACCAAUGGACACGUCCACAGAAUUAAACCAAGUAUCGAGAAAAUUGAAUUAAUCGAUAAGUAAUUAAUAAGCGUAAUUUGUAUAUAAAAAGCAAAAAUGUUGAUCAAAAACAUUUUCAUUGAGCUACGCUCCAGAUUGAGGAGUUGCAACGUUUUUAUAACGACCGGAGUCGAUUUUACCAAGAAUUGUAAUUUGAAAAUAAGUAUACAAACCAAUUGUAUCGUCCUUAAUUAUUAUAAAGACGAUUAUGAUAAGUCUAAACGAAGAGACAGUCUCUCUUCCAUCGAAAGUCUUUCUGAUUGUUAUUCAGAAGAUGAGUAUGAAGUCACGUGUGUGAUUCCUGUACGACAAUAUUGUCAGAUCAUACCAAACUCUAUGUCAUGUCUCAAAAUAGAUAAGAGUACCAUAUCAUUCAGAAUACUGACUGAACCCAAGAACGGAGGCAAUUUUUAUAAAGAAUUGUUAUCGGCCAACAAUUUUGAUAGCCCAACCAAAGGAAGUGUAUUAAAAUUAAACGUGAAAGCUGGUGAAGAACUGAAAUUAACUUGUGCUAAUUGUUCUAACGUGGUGUCGGGGAAUUGUGUGAAGUUCGACAGAGUUCUAGAGUUACCAACUGCUAAUUUAGAUAUGUCGGAGUGGUUUUGCCAUGGACAUGGUCACAGUCACAGCCACGGAGAAACUCCACAGCCCUCAGAUGGUGUUAUCAAACCAAAUAAAACUGAUUUCCUGUACAGACUGACGUUUUUCGUGGUCAACAAUAGUGUUCUAUCUGAUAAGACUAACAAAUUCAACUCUAAAAGAGAAGUGUAUCAUUGCAAUAGAUGCCUCGCGUGGCUCGGACUGAAAGACAAGGAUACCGUCAAAUUAUACAAUUCAGAAAUAAAGUUACAACAAAAUAACACUGAAACUGUCGUCUUCGCCCACAAAACUGUACAAGACAUACACACAGAUGAUUUUAUAUACACAAUAGAAUAUAUGACUAGAGAAUUCAACCUCGGCUUCCAAUACACUGUGAUGUGUAAAAUAGUACUUGAAUGCACAAUUUCUGCUACAAAGAAACAGUAUUUACUUAUCUGGGUGAUGGAUAAAGAAUUGCAAGUGCUUAGAAAUAAUGUGGAUACAAUUUUAAAUGAUAAGAUUGAGCUGCAAUCAACUUCUGUAACAAAAAUCCUGUUUAAAGUUGAGUUUCGUAUGAACGAGGAAGUUGAGUCCUGGGUUUCAGACCCUGGGGUGGUGACCACAGAAAUUUCCAAAGGCAUGUUUAGCAAUGGUCUCGCGCAUUUACAGAAAAUGUCUCAGAAAGUGCCAGAAUCUUUCCGCAAUAGCAAUGGUUACUGUGUUAGCUAUCUCAAAGUUUAAACCAAUAAAUUCGCAAAGGAA